AUGGAGCCUCCUGAGAAUAAGACUAUUGCUGGCUUUAUCCUGCUGGGAUUUUCUGAUACACCUCACCUUCUCCAUCCUCUGUUCUCCUUCUUCUUGGUUUCAUAUGUCCUCUGCAUUGCAGGAAACACAUUCAUCUUCAUGCUUAUUGUUUCACAGCUACAACUUCACACCCCGAUGUAUAUCCUGAUGGGAAACCUUGCCUUUGUGGAUGUAUGCUUUACAUCUAUUAUAGUCCCCAGGACAUUGUAUGGCCUCCUGUCUGGAGACAUCCAUAUCUCAAUCCACGGUUGUUUCGUCCAGCUCUUCCUGUUUCUUGCAGUGGCCAACAUGGAUAGUUAUUUGUUGGCCAUCAUGGCCUUCGAUCGAUACUGUGCAGUUUGCUUCCCUCUACGUUACCUCAUAAUUAUGAACAGUAGGACUUGUAACUCUCUGGUGGCUUUCUGUUGGACCACCGUGUGCCUCCACUCUGCUUUCUGCAUCGUGCUGACUACUUAUCGGCCAUUCUGCAGAUGGGUUAUUCCCCACUACUUUUGUGAUCUUCCCAUAAUAAUGCAGCUUUCCUGUUCAGGUGGUUCAGAAGCCCUUAACCAGGCUGGUUUCAUUGAGGCUUCCAUUGUGGUCUUUAGCCCAAUGCUUUUUAUCCUUAUUACCUACAUACUAAUUAUAAGAGCAGUGUUGGCUCUAAAGUCAUCUCAAGCAAAGAGGAAGACCUUCUCCACUUGCUCAUCUCACCUCACCAUGGUCAUUCUCCUCUACAGCACAAUUAUAUUUAUGUACUUUCGGCCAAGCACCAUGUACUCGCCGACCUACGAUCGGGAUAUAAUCCUGCCCUCAGGGCCGGGCUUUGGGGUGUUCGAGCUGUGCGGCCGCACAGGUCGCUGCAGCAACAAGGGCGCCAGGCGGCCGACACAGCUCGUCCUCGGGGCAACUACAGCCUGCGGUUUCUCUCCUCCUCACCGCUCGGCCAUCCGACAUGAGAUCGCUUCCUCCUCCGCACCCCCCCUACGCUCAUGUCAGAUGGCCGGUCAAUGA